GGGAGAAAGUGCACAUCGGCCCUGGCCAGGAGGUCCACGAUCUGGGGUCUGGGGGCCAGAUUUGGGGGGAACCUCGGGUAGCAUCCGGGCUCCAGCAUGAUUGCAGCGCGUGUAAGCUCAAGUUUGUUUCUCAGACACAGAGUGAGGAUAAUACUACCUAGCUCGUGGAGUUGAGAAGGUUGACUAACACCGGGGGCAAGGCGCCUAGCGCCGAGCAAGUGCUCACUAGCCGUGUUCUUUCCCCGGAUGGGUGGGGCGGAGAGAAGGCUCCUCAAGGGGGCUGCCGAACUCGCGUCAUUCGCCACUUGGGCUGGCCGAGAGACACUCCACCGGCGCCCCAGGAUCACUUUUACUUUCUCUUCUUUUCGGAAGAAGCCUCGCCCGACCUAGCUGGGGAACCGCACCCUCGUGGGGGACUAGAACCCCACGGGAGCGGUACGAGCCGCCGCGGUCGCCAGCAGCUCUGCCCACGCCGCCGUUCGCUUUCUUAACAGUCGGUUGCCGUCGCGGUUGACUGGGCAUCUGACACAGGGAUCGGGCUGGGGACAUCCGUCCCGGGGACCCGGAGCCGAGCGGGAAACCGAAACCGCCGGGCUCCGCUCACGGCGGCGGGGAGCGCGCACUCGCCGGCCCGGGACGCGCCCAGCUCGAGCGCCGCCCGCCCCCGCCCCCGCCCCCCUUGUGAGUUUCGAUUCUCCCCGGAGCAGAGUCCCGCGCGGCGGCCAGGCCGGAGCAGCGCCAUGGCGGACCCUGAGGUGUGCUGCUUCAUCACCAAAAUCCUGUGCACCCACGGGGGCCGCAUGGCCCUGGACGCGCUGCUGGACGAGAUCGCGCUGCCCAAGGCGCAGCUCUGCGAGGUGCUGGAGGAGGCCGGGCCCAACCGCUUCGUGAUACUGGAGACCGGCGGCAGGGCCGGGGUCAGCCGGUCCGUGGUGGCCACCACCGGAGCCCGGGUCUGCCGUCGCAAGUACUGCCAGAAAGGCUGCGGCAACCUGCACCUCUGCAAGCUCAACCUGCUGGGCCGCUGCCACUACUCGCAGUCGGAGCGGAAUUUAUGCAAAUAUUCUCACGAUGUUCUCUCAGAAGAGAACUUCCGAAUCCUGAAAAGUCAUCAGCUCUCUGGACUGAACAAAGAAGAAUUAGCAGUGCUUCUUCUCCAAAGUGACCCUUUCUUUAUGCCUGAGAUCUGCAAAAGUUACAAGGGGGAAGGUCGAAGACAGAUCUGCAGCCAGCAGCCUCCAUGUGAAAGGCUCCACAUAUGUGAACACUUCACCCGAGGGAACUGUGGUUACGCCAACUGCCUCAGGUCUCAUAAUCUGAUGGACAGGAAGGUGCUGGCGAUCAUGCGGGAGCAUGGGCUAAGCCCAGAAGUGGUCCAAAACAUCCAGGACAUCUGCAACAGCAAGCACAACCGAAAGAAACCCUCUGCAUUCCGAGCUCCCCCACACCAAAGAGACACGGGGUACAGAGGUAGAAGCAGGAGUAGAGAUCGAUUCUUCCAGGACGGUCUCGAAUUUCUCUCAUCUGCUCCCGUGUCUACUGCGAGGUCUGGCACGUCCAGUCCAGAUCACAUCGGCCGUAGGUCUCCUCUGGACGAUGCGCUUCUAGAGGGUCUCGCCCACAAGUUCAUGCAUUUGGGAAGUCGGGAUGGCUCUCCGCCUUCCUCAGUCUCAUCUAAGGCUGUCAAUCUUGGAGGAACAAAUCAAGUGGGAGGAAGCCAGCAGUUUUCAGAGAAUGGCAGCUCAGAGGGCUUCCUUUAUGGGAAUCAAGGCAGCACUCCCCUCAUUUCUGAUUUAACAUCGGCUUCCAACUGGAAGGGCCCCAUACCCUGGCCGAUUGACCAAGGCGCCAGUAGAGAGAAUUUGUAUUCUUCGAGUCAAGCUGCCUCAUACUCUCCUCAUGGUUCUCCACAAAAGCCUGAAACUGGAACCACCGGAAAGAGAGCAGGUCCGCUCUCCUCGGCCUACACGACUGUCGAGGGCAACAGUGGAACUCAAGAUGGCCAGCAUUUCCCGUUUUUUAAUAAUCAUUUUGACGGACUGGCCACAGAUACAACUUCCACGAGACCUUUAAAUUACCAAAUCGCAACCAGUCGACAGAGGGAAAAAUCGUUAUCGAGGAAUCCGGAAACUGGAACUACUCACGCUACUCUUCAGACCAUCAGCAAAAUGACAGAUGAUGCUGAACCAGGAGUGGCCUACGUUAACAUUAAAGACAGAGAGAAGAUAUGGAUUAGUACACCGGUCCACAGCACAUCAAAUAGCUCUAGUAAAGUUACGUACGCAACUACCGAUGUAGACGACAUUGGCUUACCAUCAGCAAGUCAGAGUGUGAGAACCCAGGUCCUGCCCACGCCUGGGGAGACCACUGCCCCCAAACAAGUCACCGCUCUGCCCAAGGCACCACUUUCUACACCUUCCUCAAGCAGUAGAGCUACAGCCUGUAAUGCCCGAGGUCAGAACUCUGCUCAAAUCUCUGCAAGUGAGAUUACAAGAAGGACCCUAGGCUGUGCUCUGAAUUCCAUAUUUGAUGCGAGUACCACAUCUUCCGGGACAGGUGAUCAUGAAUCACAGGAAAUUUGUCUUAACCAUCUGAUGCAUAAGGAUUGUCAACUGAAAGGAUGUAACAAAGUUCACUUCCACCUGCCCUACCGGUGGCAGGUGCUACUUGGAAGCACCUGGCGAGACCUCCAGCUAAUGGAGUCUAUUGAGCAGGCCUAUUGUGACCCCAAAAUCUCCGUCAUUUCUGUGAGAAAUUAUAAAAUCAAUUUCCAGAAAAUGACUUGCGAUUCAAGUCCUCUCCGACGUAUCUCCACGCCUUCAUCUGUCACUGUGCCAGAUAAUUCUGCCUUCAGCACAAAAUGGAUUUGGUAUUGGAGGAAUGAAUUUGACGAAUGGGUUGAAUAUGGGAAGAAGAAAAACAAUCAGCACAUUUCCACCGUCGACUCUUUAUACCUGGAGUCUUUCUUCCUGUGCUGUCCAAGGGGGAUUGUGCCGUUUCAGGUGGGCUCCCAAGACUACGAGCUGAGUUUCCAAGGGAUGAUUCAGACAAACAUCCUUUCCAAGACCCAAAGGGAUGUCAUCAGAAGGCCAGCAUUUGUGUUUGCCUGGGACAUGGAACAGAUGAGAAGUGGACCUGACCAUCAGCCGACGCAGAUCCAGUCAGAGCCUAUAACCGUGGCACUUCCUUCUCAGUGCAACAGUCCCCUGAAGAAAUAUGAGUUGUUAGAGUUGAAUACCGAGCAUAUGGAAUACACCCUAAUAAGCGAGCAUUUUAAAGCAACCAUGAAAAAUGCCAAGAUUUUAAGGAUAAGGAAGAUCAAGAACGCACAGCUCCUGGAUGCUUUCGAAAGGAGAAAAAUGAAGAUGAAGAACAGCAGCGAAAAAAGGCUGUUUUGUGCAGCAGGCCGCACCGUUGUGGAGUCUAUCUGUGAGAAUAAUUUUGAGUGGAUCCUGCAUGGAGUGUUUGAAACCAAAUAUGGAAAAGGAAAUUACUUCACAAAAGAUGCCAUCUGUGCGCAUAACAAUUGCCAGUGUGAUCCCAAGAACGUCGUUAUGUUUCUAGCCCGAGUCCUGGUUGGAGAUUUCAUUGAAGGACGUAAGAAUUAUACGAUGCCUCCUCUACCAUAUGACAGCUGUGUGGAUUCAAGGUUGAAUCCUUCCGUUUUUGUCAUCUUUCAGAAAGAUCAGAUUUACCCAGAAUACGUGAUCGAAUAUUCUGAAACAGACAAAGCCUGCGUGAUUAGUUAGAAAUGCUGACUACCUUGUCAUCGAGGGUGCCAUCAUCACUGGUCAGUUACAAAACCUGAUUACCCCAGAUAAUAGUUCCACUAUUUUACAUUUCCUCGUCUAGCUAACAAAUGCCUUAGAUCAGUGGUUCCCAAACUUUGCUGUACAUUUGAUCAGCUGAAAACUUCAUAAAAUUCCAAUGUCCGGAAUACACCCCAUUCCAAUUCAAUCAUUGUUUCUGGGGGUGAGAGAGCACGAGCCAGGCAGCAGUAUUUUUUAAAUCCCCUGAGGAUUCAAAUGUGUCGUCAAGUUUGGGAACCACUGUCUUCACGUAACUGGUAAAGACUAAUUUCUAAAACUUUGGUAAUUGCAGCAACCUUUCUCUCCCAACUACUUUUUAGUUGACUGUAUGGCCUAGUUUUGUUUUGGUUAAGUUAAAAAAAAUAAUUUGGGAAAUUUGACAGAAACCUAGAAAUGCCUGUUGAAACAAGGACAUAAGACAGUCCAGCCUUGGAUGGAAAAUUGUGAAAAGUUGUGAGGGGCGGGGAAUGCUUAGCAAUAUGUGGGGGGAGGGGGGAUAGUAAAGGUAAUUUAAAUGCUGUUACAGACAUCACUGCAGGACUGUACUUUUGUGGUGAAACUGAUUCAGGGCACACGUUUCGUUAUCUCUCCAUUUAUUUAGGGGACUCCAUCUAGGUUGACUCUGGAAUUCAAUUUAAAGAGCUGCCCAGUGUGGCUCAGAGAGAAGCAACCAACUGGAAUUAAUGGCCCAUUUGGGUUCUUUAUAUAAUUAUGGCAAAGUAGACAUUUAUAACUUAAUCUGUAUAAUUCCAGAGCAGGCUUUUUUUCAGGUCAGACUUUCAUGAAAUGUCUGUAUUUGGGGAGUACUGAGUUGCAGUAACCAGAGUCACACAAGCAUGACUGAUAAACCUGAGUGCUACUGUAGUUGAUGGCCGUGGCAGAUGAGGCUCACCUAGGAAUUAGGAACAGGACCAUCCUAUUGAAGGCUGGGCGCUCUAAGGAGGCGAGCAUAGAAUCAGAACAAAGAGAAUAAUGCCUCAGACCAGCCUUGCACCUGUUAGGGGCUUCUUUUUCUAAAUAUAACGGAUUGUAUAGAACUGUAGUAACAGUGUUUAGAGCAGUUGAGGUGCAUGGACCAAGAGUUCCUUCCUUAUUGUGAAUCAGGUUUUUCCUGUCAGUUUCCCUUUUUCAACAUUCCAUACAAAUUGCCAAAAUCUGUUAUAGUGCCUUCCAGCAGACAUGUUACAAAAAUUAAUUAGCAUUAGAGAUAAUAUUAUAUUAUAUUUUUGAUCAGGGUGCCACAACUCCUUGGCUUAAAGGACUCCACCAGUAACACAUGUAUAGAGAUUUUUUUUUUCUUAAUAGCAUAGGGUUAUUUUCUGAGAGGCUUGCCACAAAUAGUUACUCUCUUAUUCUUGACCCUGACAUUGCAGAGAUGCAAUUUAUCCAACUCUAUCCGACGCCCAUUAGGCAUCUCUGGUUGGAUGUUUCACAGGCAUCUCUACUUCAACAUGUCCAAAAUGGAAUUCUCGAGCUGCCUCCCUUAAAUGAACCAGUUCCUUCCCAGUAUCCUGUAUAUAAAUACUUGGUAUCACCAUCCACACAUCUGCUCCAGCAGAAAUUCAGAAGUCAUCCUUCACUCCUUCAUCUCCCUCCCCCUAUGCAUCUGAAUUCUUCCCAAGUCCAGUUUUCCAUCUUAAAUAUCUCUCUGUCCCCUUCUAAGCUGUCUUUUACUUAGCAGCAAGUAUGGUGAUAUUUUUAAAUUUUGUAUUUAAUAAUAAUCUUUCAAAACACACAUCUCAUUAUGCCUUUAGAGUAAAGUUCAAAAUCAUUAUCAUGGCCUCGCACGAUCUCUCCCUUCCUGACUCGUUAUCUUUUUUUUUUUCACACAAGCCACUUUGGCUUUCUUUUUAUGGUACCCCUUUUAACCUAGCUCAGUGGUUCUCCACUAGCACUCCUGCUUUUUUUUUUUUUUUUUGAAAGAUAGAUACUUUGUAACAUCCACUUUAUUAUCCUCAAAAUGCAAUUCAGUGGUAAUAUACUCUACCUACACACAAUUUUAGAAAUAAGUUGAAAAUUAAAUAAAAUUAAUAUUAAUAUGAAAAGGAACAUAAAAGGUACAUAACUUGAGCAUGGCUAUAAUAAAAGACCAAAUUAAGUAGUCAGCUGUUUACAUUUAUUUACAAUGAAUAAAUUUGAACUUAAAAGAAGGUAGGCGAUCAGAAGCUAUUUUGUGUAGAGAAGUAUUGGAAAAAUGAAACAGCAGGGAUAUCAGUGGACAUUAGAAUGAAAACUAGUGCUACAAUAACUUGUUUGCAUGUGAUAAUACUUAUUUCUAUAAGGACGAAAUAGCCUUAAUUGAAAUAAAGAUACUAUGCAAGAAAAUCUGCAGAUUGUCGAAAUGGAGAAAAUGAGGAAAUAUAUUUUUGCAGAUGAGCUGUAGAUCAUACACGAAUGUCUUGUGAGACAUUCAAAAUUCGUAUAGGGUGCAGAAUAAUUCCUUACUUUGAGGAACUGUCCGAUGUAUUGCCAGAUGUUCAGCAUACCUGGCACUCACACACUAAAUGCCAGUAGCACCCUCCCCCAACUCCCAGUUAUAGUGACAACCACAAACCCAAUCAGAGCUAGUCACCUUUUUCAGAGCAGAUUUUGUGUAACAUCCCUUUGCUAUCCUGAGAUGAUUCACAGAUAAUACAAUCUACUUACAUAUCUUCCUUUAAAAAUCAAUUUACUGCCAUUACUAUUAUAAUGGAGACACAGAAGGAAAGAAAUUUGUAAUACAAAUAAACUGAAUUUCAAUAUAUAAGUGCUCAGGCAUGACUAUGCUAUACGACAUCAUGAAAUAGAUAUUUACUCCUACUCACAGAGAACAGGUUUGGAUUUAGGAGUCGACAAAGGCUGCUUCCUGUAAAGAAGUACAGGAAAAUGAAAGAUAAGAGGUAUGGAUGACACUAGAAUGAAGACCAGGAGUAGGGUAAGUCAUAACAGACCAUAUACCUUAUUUGUAUAUGGUAAGGGAAAGAGCGAAAUUACGUUAGUUUAAGUAAGGAUAAUAGGACAAGACAAAUUAUAUUGGGUUGUCAGAAAAGUCAGGACGCGUUUUUGCAACGAAAAACAGAAAAAAAUAUGUCAUGACUUUCCCGACAACCCAAUAGAUGAAGAGGGAAACAUGUAUUAUAUUUCUUAGUCGAGUUGUAGGUCCUACAUAAAUGUCCCACAGGACAUUAAAAAGUCGUAUAGGUACAGAAUACGUCUUCGUUGUAUGGGGCUAAUCCAUACACUGCAGGACAUCUGCUAUCUUUGGCUGCAUCCACUCAGUGCCAGUCCUCAAUUAUUAUGAAAGCAACAACUCAUCAAUUCCCAAAAUACUUGAGAACCACUGACUCAGUUAACAUCUAGCAUCUUGAGAUUAAUUUGUUACCUCCAUAAGGAGUCCUAUAAAUUAGGCUGGAUGCUUGCCUCCCAAAUCGCCAUUUAAAAAAAAAACAACUUUGCCUUGCUUUAUUCAUUUUUUAGCAUCUAUCCAACUUGAAGUUGGUCUGCUUUCCGCAUUAGAAUGUGAGCUCCUUGAGGGCCAAGUUUAACUUGUCUUGUUCAUUGUGCCACAAUGCUGAAUGCCUGAUACGCUGAUAACUUUGCAUACAUUUUGUUGAACAAAGUAAGCCCAACUAUUAUAUUUUAGUACUUGAGUUCUAUUUCUGUUCUUCAAGCUCAAUUUGAGACUCUCUAAUAAAAAGAAAUAAAUACGAAUUUUGCUCUG